AUUUAGAAUUGCAUAAAAUAUUGCUAUUUAUUGACCCCUGGUUUGGUCCUUAAUUAGUCGUUAAAAUGUACGCGCUACGGUUUAUUGCAACCUUGUGCUAGCGCCUUUGACAUUUUAACUACUAAUUAUUUGUCACUUGUUUUGCCGCCUCCUUUAGACAUCAAGUAGUAUUUCGCUGUCAUUCGGACAGACAACACCCGCAAUAUCGUUUGCAAGGCACAUAUCGUUGUGCAUAGGAGGCAUAUUGUUGCCACAGGUAAUAUCGUUACCACCCACCAAACUAGCAAUAAAUAGUUCUAUAUAUUAAGAAAAACUAUUGUGUUUUAUUUCUUUUUAUAUUUCCCCCUACGGUCCACUGCUCGACGCAUUCGGCGUUUUACUCCCAUCGGCGGAGCCCCUCUGAGCUAAACAUUGGUCAAUUCGAGCCAGAUUUGGAUCAUCGCUUGCGUAUGGAUACUUGGAUCCUCCAUAAAUAUACAGUCCAUUACUCCUGCAUUACAAGGUACGUAUAGUGCAGUGUUGUUUUUAAGUGAGCUCGCGUUAUUAAAUUACCGCGACACCAACAAAACAAUCGGUUUUGUUUGGGUACAAAGGUCGUUUUACUACGUCACCUCUUUCCCUUUUGUUUUGUUUCCCGCCAAUCGUCGGCUUCUAAUUUGGAUGCUUGUAUUCGGCAGCAUCAAAAUCAAAACAAAAUUCAAAAGUAAAACUGUUGCAAAAAUCGUUCGCUAAUUUUCUUUUUGUUUUGGUUCGUUUCAAAAAACCAAACAUUCAAUAUUUCUUUCGUUGAUACCAACAAAAACGUCAUCGUUGUUAUUUCUUAGUUUGGUGUGCUUUACUACCUAAAGCAAAGACCGCAAUAUUAGUCUUUUUGUUUGGUCUGUCCGCUUUAAUAUUGCAUAUUGUUGUUGUUACACCUAUUCUCUUUUUCUCGUUGUAACAACAGUCAAAUUAAUUUUCUGUUUUGUUUGUCGCAAACAACAACAACACUGUUGGAUCAUCCACCAACAUCACUGCUUGCUUUGUCGUGGUUCUCUGAUCAGCGCUUGUUGUUUGUGCUUUGUUAGAUCAGUGAACGAACAUAACAAACGAAGGAAGAAUAUUUUUGUGUAUUCCUCUUUCUGUCGUGUCCGUUUAGGUUGAGUAGCUACACUACGUUGGUCGGUCACUUUGGUUUGUUAUAUUAGUUGGCAUUGGGUGUAAACUUAACGUUAUUAUUAAAGUUAAAUUAAUAUAAAUACUAUAGUGUAUUUAAUUUUUGUUGUUGUUUUCGAUAUUUUAAAAAUUAAUACACCCUACAGACGGUCAUUUUGGCUAAUUAAAUAAAUAAAAAUAAAAUUGUUAUUUUAUUUAUUUUUGUAUUUUUCCCCAAACUUGUUCAGCGUUUCGUGUUAUAAUUAUGGCCUUCGCUCCUCUACAAACUUUCAUAAGAGCAUCUGACACUCUGACAGAAUUUGGUGCACAAAUCGGUGCAAUAAAAGGUGACGAUUUAGAUAUUAGUAUAUUAGAGGAAAGGAAGAGCAAGCUAGAAAAAUUAUGGCAAUCGGUUCAUAAAUCGUUACGAAACUUAGAAAAUUCGGAAAAUGUAACAAAAGAACAUCUGCAUUUGGCAGAAAAUAAACACAACGCUUCUUUAAACAUUUAUUCAAGCACUAUGGCCACAAUUAAUAGAAAAAUUAUAAAAACUCGUUGUGUGUUAAAAAAUUUGAUUAAAAACGCGGAUAAAAAUCAAGAGCUAUCGGCUCAAUCUUUUUUGGUUCCUGAAUCGCAGGAAAAUAUGGCGGCAAAUAUUUCUUCUGGUUGUGAUAUCGUUCACAAUAUGACAUUGCCACCAAUUGAUAUUAAUGUUUUUGAGGGAGAUUUUUCUUCUUGGCCUUCCUUUCGGGAAUUGUUUAGCGCCGUUUACAUUAAUAACUCUCGAUUGAGUGAUGUUGAACGUAUGUUCUAUUUGCUGAACAAAACUUCUGGAGAAGCUCGGGAAAUCGUUUCGCAGUUUCCUCUAACAAAUCGUGGUUUCGCUUUCGCAUGGAAAGCAUUAAAUGAUGAAUACAACAAUAUUCGAUUAUUGGUUCAUCAACAACUAAAGUCGUUGAAUAAUCUUCCGAUUCUUGAGAAAGAAACUGCAGUGGGUCUUAAGGAGAUCCGACUGGGAAUAAAUAGUUGCAUUUUUUCUAUGUCGAUCUAUAACGUUCCCACAGAUCAAUGGGAUCCGAUACUUGUCUUUCUUUGCCUGCAACGCUUGCCGGAAGAAACGACAAUGCUAUGGGAACAAGGUAUUAAAAACAAAUCGGCCCUUUCUUCGUGGAAAGAUUUAGACACAUUUCUUUCAGAAAGGAUAAACACGCUUGUGUGUUUGGAAAGUUAUCGAGAGAAAUCGAUUCCUUCGACUGAUACAAAUUCGUUUAAUACCGCUACCAAGUCCAACUCUAAAUGUUCGUAUUCCCCUUCAAUUGGAAAAACGUGUUCUCUUUGUAGUGAGAAAAUCCAUCGGCUUCAUUUGUGUUCAAAGUUUAAGAAUUUAUCCCCCGCAAAUAGGUUUGCAUUCGUAAAGCGCAACGACCAUUGCAUAAAUUGUUUGGUAAAGGGACAUAAACUAGUAAAUUGUACUAGUAAAAAUAGUUGUUUGAAAUGUGGUCAACGUCAUCACAUGUUAUUACAUCGCGAGUCAGUAAAACCGAAUAGUUCGAUUCCGGUUUUGACUCCAAAAGCUCAGGCAAGCUCGUCAAAAUCGUUGUUGUCAGCUGCAGCCCCAGCUUUUCGUCCCUCAAAAUGUACAUUCUCCACAUCUGUCGAGGUCCAAAAUAAAAAAUCGGAAAUGGUUCGUUUAAAAUCACUACACCAAAUGUCGAAAGAGAACUUAAUUAAAUUUAUAAAAACAAAUUUAUUCAAUGGAAAUAAUAAAAAGAAGUUUAAAUUUGAAAACAAUGUUGUAAAGCGACCUUCGCGUAAAAUCGGUCUCACGACAGCUGGCGGUUUAUAUACCGGCAUUGGCACAGGGUCUCAAUUGGAACCCGCCUCGAAUAUCGUUUCGAGAAACACAUAGCUCGAUUGAAGUCCGAAUCUGUAACUGCAGAUUCAUCUGCGGCUUCAUAUUAUCGUUGUAGCGGAGAUGGAUCCCGAAUCUGUUACUGCCGAUUCAUCUGCGUUUCCAUUCCCUACAUUUAGUUUGAAAAAAAAGUUCACACUGCACUAUACAACCCGUACCUAAUACUGGAUCUUAUAUAGAUUAAGUUAAUUGUGUUGAAACAUGCUUUGAUGUUUCAAGGGGGUCGGCAUGUUUAAUUUAGAAUUGCAUAAAAUAUUGCUAUUUAUUGACCCCUGGUUUGGUCCUUAAUUAGUCGUUAAAAUGUACGCGCUACGGUUUAUUGCAACCUUGUGCUAGCGCCUUUGACAUUUUAACUACUAAUUAUUUGUCACUUGUUUUGCCGCCUCCUUUAGACAUCAAGUAGUAUUUCGCUGUCAUUCGGACAGACAACACCCGCAAUAUCGUUUGCAAGGCACAUAUCGUUGUGCAUAGGAGGCAUAUUGUUGCCACAGGUAAUAUCGUUACCACCCACCAAACUAGCAAUAAAUAGUUCUAUAUAUUAAGAAAAACUAUUGUGUUUUAUUUCUUUUUAUAU